ACCCGCGAGUAAGCCGGCCCUCCCCGGCGGCGGGGUCCCGCUGGCACCGGGAGCUCCGCAGGGGCGAGGGGCCGGCGGGGGCUCGAGGUGCCGCGCGAGCCGGGCCCUUUCCCCAGGCCGCGCGGGAGCUGCCGGCUCGGGGGCCGGGCCUCGGAGCACAAGCCAAUGGGAGCGCGGCUGGCCCCGGCCGCCGGCCGCCUCGGAAUGUUGAUACAGCGCGAGAGCCAAUGGGCGUGCGCCGGGGGCGGGGCCGCGGGGCGGGGCGCGCGAGCCGCGCGAAGGGGGCGUGGCCGGCCGGCAGCCUCCCGGCCGCGCGGCGCGGGCGGCGGCCGAUUGAGGGCGGGGGUCGGCGGCCCGGCCAGCCCGGCCCGGCCCGGCCCGGGGCCGUGUCCUGAGCGUCCGCCCUCGCCGCUGCAGCCUCGGCACCCGGCCGGCCGGCCAUGGAGGCCGAGCGCUCUCCGGUGCCCGUUCCGGGUUGCGGGCGCCCCCCGCCCCGUGCCGCCGGCCGGGACCCCGCGGCCUCGCCCAUGUCGGUGCCCGCGCCGCCGCAGGGCCCUGCCGUGGGCGGCGGCUUUGCGGGCUUGGAGUUCGCGCUGCCUCAGGAGCCAGAGCCGCGGGCGGCGGACCUGGGGGUCCCGGGGACGUGGGCGGGGGCGGGAGGAGCGGCGGGGCCCCCGACGCCGUCGGCGCACAUCCCGGUGCCAGCGCAGAGGUGAGCCAGGGUCCCGCGCGCCAGGCCGAGAGACCCCCCAGGAAAAUCCCGGCUGGACGAGGUCAUGGCUGCGGCAGCCCUCACCAGUCUGUCCACCAGCACCCUCCUUCUGGGGGCCCCAGCUGCAGCCUGUAGCCCAGAGCCUGGCUUGGAGCCCUGGAAGGAGGCCCUGGUGCGGCCACUGGGCAGCUGCAGCAGCAGCGGAGACUGGGGCUGGGACCUGGCCAGUGACCGGUCCUCUCCGUCUAUCCCUUCACCCCCACUGCCCUCCGAGGCAGCCCAUUUCCUAUUCGGGGAACCUGCCCCAAAGAAGAGAAAGCAGGCGGCAGGCAGAGCCUGAGCAGAGCGACGGGGAGGAGGACUUCUACUACACAGAGUUGGACGUUGGCAUGGAUGUGCUGACAGACGGGCUGUCCAGCCUGUCUCCAGCGUCCCCCUCGGCCUCCGUGCCCCCCGCCUCCCCCCGCCUGGAGCUGCCAGAGCCUCGGACCCUGUCCAGCCUGCUGCACCCGCUGGCCCUGCCCCCAGUUCCGGUGCUGAGCCCCGUGGCACCCCGCGAGGCGCGCCGAGGUGACGACGCCUGCCAGGGCUGCCUGGCCCCCACCCGCCCGGAGCCACAGCCGACCACCGUCAGGACCUGUGUGCCGACCCCGCCCUCCAGACUCGGCGCCAGCCCAAGGAAGCCCCGAGGUGAUGCCAAGAAGUGCCGGAAGGUGUAUGGCAUGGAUCACAGGCACCUGUGGUGCACAGCCUGCCGCUGGAAGAAGGCGUGCCAGCGCUUCCUGGACUGAGCCCCCCACCCCGCCCCCCACCCCCAUGCCAGCGCUCCCUGGACUGAGCCCCCCCAUCCCGCCCCCUGCCCCCCGCCCCCAUGCCAGCGCUCCCUGGACUGAGCCCCCCAUCCCGCCCCCUGCACCCCGCCCCCAUGCCAGCGCUCCCUGGACUGAGGGUCCCCCAUCCUGCCCCCCCCAUGCCAGCACUCCCUGGACUGAGCCCCCCCAUGGCCCCUGCACCCCCCCACCUCUCUGUGCCCGCGCUCCCUGGACUGAGGCCCUCCCCGCCCCCACCCCCACCCGCACUUCCUGGACUGAGCCCCCCACCCAUCCCCAUGCCCCACACCGUGCUGCUGCCUGCUCUCCAGGACUUUUUAAAGGAAAAAAUAAGCUACCCCCGACUCCCCAGCCUGGGGCUUCUCCCAGCUGCAGGGUCUACUUUUUAACAGUGGGGGAAGUUGGUGACCCUGGACCCCCAGAGGUUGGGGGGGAGGGGUUCUUGCCACUCAAAGUGCCUCUGAAGAAACCAGCCUUUUGCACUAAAGCCAACCUCACGGCCUUCCCCCUGGCCCGGGGUCCCUGGGGGUGGCUGCCCUCCCUGCCCGUCAGCCCGUGGACUUGUCAGGGCGCUGAGGCCGAACUUCAGGGCCGCGUGGGGGGCCAGUCUGUGAUGCGCCCUGAGGGGAGGGGCCUCCUGCCUGCACUUAACUUGAUGGUUCCAGGGCCCGGGGGCUGACCUUUGUCUCCUGUUUGUGAAGCUCAGGUGUCUCGAGUCUGGGCCUGGCCCUACCAGGCGAGGAGAAAAAUUAAAGAUUUGGGGUUUUUCCAGAAA